AUGACAACUGCGACGACAGCGACUUGCGUGGUGCUGGCAGUGGCAGCAUGGGCAUGGCGAUGGCUGCGGCGCAAGUGGCAGCAUGGUCGUCGAAGUGGCCGCGGCAGCAUCGUUGGCAGCAUGGACGCAAAAGACAGCUUGAUCGCGGCCGCAACGGUGCCGACCGCGGGAGCAAGCCGACCAUCCAUCUUGAUCAAGGCACCGCGAACGAUAACCGUGGGGAGGCUCCGGCUAGAGUCGCUGGAGGGCUAA